CGUUUAUAUCCUCAGCAGAUUGUGCACACCUGCAAAUGUAUGUAGAGAUAGAAGAAAGAGAGAGAUGAGCUCACAGCUCCUACCCUUCACAGCAACACCACCACCACCACCACAACCCCCUGUUUUUCUGCCUAAAGCACCAUCUCCUUCAAUCCUUCACACUCUCUCCCAAAGAGUUUACAUCCCUUCUCAUGUCUACAAGCACCCAUCCGCAAUUCUUCUUGAGCUCUGUACUUCCAUGAAAGAACUCCACCAAAUUCUCCCACUCAUCAUCAAGAACGGCCUCCUCCGUGACGAGCUUCUCUUCCAAACAAAGCUCGUCAGCCUCUUCUGCAACUACGGUAGCCUCACCGAUGCUGCCCGCGUUUUCGAGCCAAUUGAAGAUAAACUUGAUGUGCUUUACCACACAUUGCUUAAAGGGUAUACCAAGAGUGAAUCAUUAGAUGCUGCCUUGUCGUUUUUUUGUCGAAUGAGACGCGAUAGUGUUAGGCCUAUUGUUUAUAACUUUACGUAUCUUUUGAAAGUUUGUGGCGAUAAGGCUGACCUUAGGAGGGGUAAGGAGAUCCAUGGCCAGCUGAUAACAAGUGGGUUCUCUUCGAAUUUGUUUGCAAUGACUAGUGUUGUGAAUAUGUAUGCGAAGUGUAGGAUGAUUCAUGAAGCGUAUAAGAUGUUUGAUAGAAUGCCUGUAAGAGACUUGGUAUCUUGGAAUACAAUUAUUGCCGGGUAUGCACAAAAUGGGUUGGCGAAAGUGGCAUUGGAGUUAGUUAUACGGUUGUUUGAAGAGGGCCAGAGGCCGGAUUCGGUUACCAUUGUUUCGAUUUUGCCUGCGGCAGCAGAUAUGGGGUCAUUGGUAAUUGGCAGGUCUGUUCAUGGGUAUAUCAUAAAAGCUGGGUUUGAGUCUUUUGUAAAUGUUUUAACUGCUCUUGUAGAUAUGUAUGCAAAAUGUGGUGCGGUGAGAACUGCUCGGUCAAUUUUUGAAGGGAUGAAUGAAAGGACAGUUGUUUCUUGGAAUUCCAUGAUUGACGGGUAUGUACAGAGUGGGGAUCCUGAGGAAGCAAUGAAAUUAUUUCAGAAGAUGUUGGAUGAAGGGAUGGAACCAACCAAUGUCACAGUUAUGGAAGCCUUACAUGCCUGUGCUGAUUUGGGAGACCUUGACAGGGGAAUCUUUGUUCAUAAACUAUUAGAUGAAUUGAAACUUGAGUCUGAUAUAUCAGUCGCGAAUUCAUUGAUUUCCAUGUACUCCAAGUGUAAAAGAGUAGAUAUUGCUGAUGGUAUAUUUAAGAACUUGCAAAGAAAAACACUCGUCUCUUGGAAUGCCAUGAUAUUGGGUUAUGCACAAAAUGGAUGUGUAAAUGAGGCUUUAAGUCUCUUUUGUGAGAUGCAGUCUCAAAAUGUAAAGCGAGACUCAUUUAGUUUAGUGAGUGUGAUUCCUGCUCUUGCAGACUUAUCAGUUACACGUCAGGCGAAGUGGAUUCACGGACUGGUUAUUAGAAGUUACUUUGACAAGAAUGUAUAUGUUAUGACUGCUCUUGUUGACAUGUAUGCAAAAUGUGGAGCUGUUCAGACUGCAAGAAAGUUGUUUGACAUGAUGGAUCACAGGCAUGUGACAACAUGGAAUGCUAUGAUAGAUGGAUACGGCACACAUGGUUUUGGAGAGGCCGGUUUAGACCUGUUCAGAGAGAUGCAGAAUUGUGCGAUCAAGCCAAACACUGUGACAUUUCUUUGUGUUCUCUCUGCGUGCAGCCACUCAGGCCUGGUAGAAGAGGGGCUUUACUAUUUUAACAGCAUGAAGGAGGAUUACGGCUUAGAGCCUUUGAUGGAUCACUAUGGAGCCAUGGUUGACCUUCUUGGUCGAGCUGGAAGGCUGAACGAGGCUUGGAAUUUCAUUCAAGAGAUGCCUUUCGAGCCAGGGAUUAAUGUCUAUGGUGCCAUGCUGGGUGCUUGCAAAAUUCAUAGAAAUGUUGAACUAGGGGAGAAGGCAGCAGACAAAAUAUUUGAGUUGAACCCUCAUGAUGGCGGGUAUCAUGUAUUGCUUGCUAAUAUAUAUGCUACAGCUUCUAUGUGGCACAAAGUGGCGAAAGUGAGAACCAUGAUGGAGAAGAAUGGACUUCAAAAAACUCCAGGUUGCAGUCUAGUGGAGUUGAGAAAUGAGGUUCAUACCUUCUAUUCUGGAAGCACAGAGCAUCCACAAUCCAAGGAUAUAUAUGCUUUUCUUGAAAAACUGGUGGAUAAGAUCAAAGCUUCUGGUUAUGUGCCCGACACCAAUUCAAUUCAUGAUGUUGAAGAUAAUGUUAAGGAGCAAUUGCUCAACAGCCAUAGUGAGAGACUGGCCAUUGCUUUUGGACUUUUAAAUACCAGUCCAGGUACAACUAUACACAUCCGGAAGAAUCUUCGAGUUUGUGGAGAUUGUCAUACUGCAACCAAGUACAUCUCACUUGUGACCGGACGGGAAAUCAUAGUUCGGGAUAUGCAACGGUUCCACCACUUCAAGAAUGGAGAAUGCUCUUGCGGAGAUUAUUGGUGAAUCUAACUUAGCACAAAUUUGAUUUUCCAAGCAUUUCAUGCACCCUGCUGUUAAUGGUUAGCCUCGGAGGGGUUCUAUACACAGGUUUCUAAUAAAGCAUUGGGUAUUCUUUUUCUUUGCAACAUUGUGACAUUGUUGGGCUAUCAUUCCUAAACCAUGAGAACUUAAAAGUUUAUUAAGGACACAUUCUACUCUCCCUCAUACCAUGAUGUCUACUGUGAUUAUUAUAUACAAGAUAAUAAUCCAUUAUCCA